GUUACACCAAAACGCCAUAGAAAUGGAGGGAGAGACCUCGAGGUCGAGCAAAAUCGCAGAGGACGUCAUACAAACCCUAAAAACCAGAGGCUGGUGUAUCGGCGACCUCGAUCAAGUAAAUGCCAUUGUCCUGGUCCAAUCAGCUUUAUCCGACGAUGGCAAAGCUUCCACAAUUGCCGAUUCCGUCGAGUCUCAACUCCUCGAUAUGGACCUUAGAUCCAUAGGCGGCAAGUCAUUGCCGGACGCCAUUUCGUUUCGCAAAGCUUCUCAUCUUCAAGGACGCAAAGUGCUUCAGAUAUCUUCCAUGAGAGACGUAGCCGUCAGUACCAUAGACGCAUUUUCAAGCUCCGGCCACCGGCGCCUGCUCAAGCUCGUUCUCACCGAUGGUCACAGCGAGAUACCCGCGGUUGAGUACUCCCACUUGCCGUCUGUUGGGAAUGAUAUCGCUCCCGGCGCCAAGGUUCGUGUGGAGAACAAAGCUACGAUUCAUAGUGGAAUAUUGUGCUUGAACCCUAAAGUGAUGACUGUGAUUGGAGGCGUUGUUCAAUCGCUUUAUGAUGAAUGGCAUAUGAACCAGAAGUACUCCGUGUUCUCGCGUUCUUCACUGCGUCCGACUGAGGACGGCGGUGUUGCUGGCCCUCCUGCUUUUGCUAAGUUGCAAGCUGGAGCCUCCUCCAUUCGUCCUUCUUCUCAGAGAAGCAGAGUUUCUGAUUACUUUCAGGCUAUUUCAAAAAGCAGCAUGCCUGUAGCUGAAGGAUUUGUGACGAAACCUGAAGUUGGGUUAGAGAAUGUUAUAAAACAAGCAGAAAAUGUAGUUGACAAAGUGAAAACACUGGAGGCCAAGGAAAAUGCACAGUGGAGGCCUCUUCCAUAUGCAAUGGGACCAAGGGAAGGUUACUCUGCUUCUACCUCCUAGUCCACAUUCCCUUCUGCUUCUGAGGAAGUUCAAAACAUUGCAGAUAGUACCAGCACUAGCAAUCUGAAACCAGCACCACUUGCAGCAAGUAAUGAACCAAAGGCAACCACCUCAUACAUUCGGCCAAAAGAAGUGACUGAAUCAGCACCUGUGCAAAACCAAGCUGCUGCUCAGAAGCUCCUCCAGAAGAUGGCACCUCCUAGACAAUUCGACCGGCGCUCCAGAGGCCGUGGACAAUACAGAGGAAGGGGGAGAGAUGACGAGGAAGAAUCUCAGACUUGGACGCUAGAGGAGUGGCAAAAUAGAAACAGUGGAGCUAAGCCACACACCAGAAACGAGUUCCCAGAUACCAGCAAUGACGAGGAUCUUGCAUGGCAGCUCCAAAACCAACUCGACAUGGAAGAUUCUCAUGUGCAAAGAGGACCACAAGACGCGGUAGCAACCGACAUUAGGAUGUCCAUGUUCAACUUUAAGAGGGAUGGUGACGGCGGUCAUGGCAUGGACCGGCGGGGUGGUAGAGGAAGAGGAAGGAGAGGCAGGGGCAGUGGAAGGGGAAGAGGGAGAGGAAGACAUGGUUGAAUGUGAUGAUCAUACCUUUCUAUACCCCCUCACCUGUGAAAUGACUGUUGCACUUUGGCUACACGCAGCAUUCCUCUAACCAGGCGAAAAAUGAUCAAGGAGAUGAAGUUCUUAAACGUCUUGAAUGUUGCUUUACUUUUCACCAUAGCCAUAGCUUCUCACUGUCUGAUCUUAAGUUACUUAACUUGUUCAGGUCGAAAGAUCGCUGUACAUAACCGACUAGUUUUCAGAACCCUCUUUAUCAUGUAC